AGCGAUUACUUCGAGGAUAAGAGGAAGGAAAUUCAUGCAAAAAAUGCUGAAAAAAGGAGCAAGUCGGAUAAUCGUAUCUUACUUAGCAUGGUCCCCAAUUCUCUCCUCGAAGUAUCUGGUCUUCCCAAAUCAGAAUCUGGUAACGAACGUACUUCUCGCACCGAGGUUGAUAGCGUAAACUCGGGCGAUCACAAUGAAGAUACAAAAGCAGAAGUUGAAGAAAAUUCCGAUGCUGCCAAACCUAGCGAGAAAGUUGUUGCAGGAGCUAAGCGAAAAGCAGAUCAUUUAGAUUCACGCCCCUGUCGCACUGUUCUUAAUCUCAAAAUUUGGCUGGCUGAGCAUCUUGGCCCUGAGUUGCCUAUUAAUUGGAUCGACGCCAUUCCUUCAGAAUCUCGAGCAAUAAUCCGCAUGAAGUCGCCCAGAGGUGCCUCUGGUGCGUAUGAUAAACUUAAAAAAGUAUUCGGCGAUAAACCCAUGAUUUAUGAUGGCUGCGAAUUGAGCUUCCGGAUUUUAGAGGGGGACGAAGAAAAAGAAAAGUGGAAGAAGAUACUCGAUGUUCAAAAUAGAAAGGGAAGACGUCGUCAUCAGAAGUCAACCUCGUCCAGUUUAUUUACUCGCGAAAAUGUUUCACUGUCGGGCUUGACAUUCAUUGACAACCUCCGGUUUUUUCUUGCGCUUUCACGUGCACUUGUUCCUACCAAGGGAUUUGCUGCCAUGUCUGCUAAUAGGCGAGACAGUUUUAUCUACCUUCAUCGCUACAUACAAUUUAGCGUAGAGGGCCAUGAGUUUAGUGUCUUACGAAGGCAGCGUGAUAUUGAUUAA